AUGGGGAGCCGGCACCGCAGCCCCGGCGCCUACCCUGCGGACGGGUGGGGACCACAGGCCGGAGGACCCGGCCCUGCCAAGCGCCGCCGAACGGAGGAGCCCGCGGGCCCUGAGUCCGAGUCCGAGUCAGAGUCGGAGGCGGCGCCCAGCCUGGACAACGUGCCCGAGCCCCCGGCCGAGAGCGCGCUCACGUCCGUGCUGGUCCUGCCCUCUGGCUGUGCCUUGCAUCUGCUCCUGGACCACGUCGACUGGCUGCUGGAGCCCGAGCCCGCGUCCGUGCUGCAAGUGACCCUUGGAGAUCACAUCCUCUUGGUGGUCCACGAGGCCCUCCUGGGUUCGGGUGUGGAAGGUCCGUGGGGACAGGGCCAGGAACGGGGCUCUUUCCUAGGCGCUCGCGGGAGGUACAUGGCCCUGGAGCCGGGAGUCUUCUGCACAGCUGUGCUAGAGGUCGCCUGCCAAGAAGACGUCAGCGAGGAGGAGGAGGAGGAGGAGGAGACGGACUUCGAGUUCCUGCCGCCGGGGAUGGAUGCUGCAGCUGGCUCCGUCGCUGGGCUCCGCAGCCCCGACGCCAGGGUGUGGGGCCCCGACGCCCAGGGCUUCGUCCCAGAACCCUGGCCCUGGGCUCCCAACCCCAGUCUAGAGAGAGGCUCUCCUCAGCACGAGGAGAAACUGGAUUUGCACCUUCCGCAGCCCUUCGGCGACUCACCACUCCAUCCUCUACCUCCUUCUCCUUGUCCGGUUCCCCACGAACAACCCCAACGCCCUCACGGUCCAUCUUGCAAGGCCCGGAGAUGCCUGAUCCUGGAGUGA